ACAUUCAAAAUUAGAUAUUGAGCCGUCAAAAUUACCAAGUGAAAAGUUGAUAAACAAAAUUUAAAAACUUAUUGGAAACAAAUUAAAGAAACAAUACGAAAAUAAAACAAACUUUAAUAACUGGAAAAUUAAAAUAAACUUGAUAAUAAAAACAAUAAAAACUAAUAGAAAUGUAUUGCUGCGUAAAUUCAUGCAAAAGUUCAUAUUAUGGUCAUUCUGACAUUCUUACAUUUCACAGACUGCCGACAUCUCUGUGGAGGAAAGAAAAAUGGAUAGAUAUUCUUAAAUUGGACCGAAAGCAAAUUACGCCUAAUUCUGUUGUUUGUUCAAAUCACUUCCACAAGAGUGAUUUUAUAGAAGGUUCAAAAAAUCCUAAAAAAAGACUAUUUCCUUCUGCGUUGCCAUUUUUGUUAGAGAAUUAUGAAAAACCUGACGAAUUGAUGAUACCCAGCAACGGUUUUGAUGAUGAUGAUACGGAUGAUGAUCCUCAAUUCAAUGAAAUUGUUUUUGUAGAAGGAGUGGAAGAAGUAUCUUUACCACCUCCACGAACAAAUGUUAUAGAAGAAGUUCCUAUGCAAGAACCACCUAUGAUAGAAUGGAUUGAUAAUACAAAACCGCAAAAAAGACCUCUACACUCAUCUGAUGACGACAUUCCCUCCUCUUCCAACUUACUUGUACCUCUAGUUAAGAAGAAUAAACAAGGGAUACCCGUAAGACAAAUAAGUUCCAAAAGAGUCAAAAUGAAAGAACAAACCAACAACGUGGAAAAUAAAAAAGUAAAAAAGAAACUGAAAAAAAUCGCCUCUCUCAAUGAGAUAAUGUCGAAUUUGAAAAAAGAGAAUUUAAUAAAUGAAGAAACUUUGGAUAUUUUGCAAACUAUUAGAGGCACAAACAAAAUACUGUUUCAAACAAAGUUAAAUAUAAUAAAAGCAAGUCCUACCUUCGAAAAAGAGUACCAGCAAGUCUUAAGAUCUUGUGCUCUCCAUUUGAAUUAUCUCUCACCAAAAGCAUAUGAUUUCGUGAGGGAUAAUUUUGAUUGUUUUUUGCCCGAAUCCGAUACAAUAUCAGAAUGGUAUCAACGUUCUGACUACAAUUCUGGUUUUGCUAAAGAUGCUUUGGAUGUCAUCAAAAUAGCCGUUACAGAAGCAGCAUAUAAAUCGAAAAAAGUCAUUUUGAAUCUUGUAUUAGAUGAUAUGAUCAUUGAAAAAUCACCAGGAUAUACAUUUAACGAUGAUAGAGAUGAUUUCUCUAUAGAAUCAACACGCAUUCUUGUGUUAUUCGUCGUUUGUGUAAAUCAAAAUUGGAAAAUUCCAAUUGGUUAUUUUCCAAUGCGUUACUUGGAUGCAACACAACAAUCCAAUUUGGUUAAACUCUGCAUGGAAAGUAUUUUAAAGACUGGAGCUGAAAUAUUGGGAUUGAGUUUGCUUGGUGAUGGCGAAAGCGUUCUUAUUGCUAAAUUGCUAGGUGCAAAUUUGAAGGAUCUUAAUGCAGACAAUAAUAAUACAUUUACAGUGGAUGCAUCUGAGAACAGAGUCUGUAUUAUACCAGAUCCUUGUUUCAUGAUUCAACUGAUAACGAUUUCUUUUGCGAAACGCGGUUCAUUCAAAGACAUAAAUAGACAACUCAUAAGCUGGCAUUAUAUUGAUGAGCUUAGAAAAAUACAAAAAAGAAAUAAUAAUGAAGAGCUUGCUAAAAUAUUGGAUAAUACUAAAUUAGAUGAUUGUGUUUUGAGUAAAUCUGUUGCAAAGGCAAUUGAUUUUUGUCGUGAUGUUUUGUUGUUGGCACAAUUUUGUGACAGUGAGGCAACAGCUUAUUUUAUAAACAAUUUAUAUAAUAUUCUUGAUUUUCUAAAUGGCAAAAGUGAAAGCUUUGGAAAAGCUUCUUCCAAUGAAAAUACUGAAAAUGUAUUAAAAUACGCAACUGAUCAAAUUGAUUAUUUGAGUAAACUCAUUUCCAUCGAUGGUAUACGAAUUAUUAAACAAACAAACAGUUUUGGCUUUAUCGGACUAAUAAAUUGCUUGAAAAACAUCAAAGUUAUCUAUGAAAGAUUUAUCAAAAAUAAGCUUUUGGAUAGUUUAGUAUUUUAUAAACUAAAUAAAGACCAAAUUGAGCAAUUUUUUGACUCAAUACGUUCUCAAGUUGGUUGCUAUAACCCAACUGUAAGACAAUUCAAAUUGGUUUAUAAAAAACACAUCUUAAGAUGCAAGAUUAGACAAGCUAGCAUUGGAGAUAGUUUUUCAUUGGAUAACGUUCAGUUUCUUAAUUUAAGUUUUUCAAACCCUUUUGAAUCUAAAAAAUUUGAAGGUUCUCAUCAAAAUAUGUUGCAUUAUAUAGUCGAUACAAGUCAAGAAGAAAAUGAAACUUUUCUAAAUGAUCAUGAUUAUUUUAUGGAAGCCGAUAUUUUAAAUGAAUUUACCUGCCAUGUUGUCGAAAAUAUUGCCAGGUUUGUAAUUUUCAAACUUGAAAAAUUAUUAAGUUGUACCAGAUGCAAAAAAUAUUUGUUUACUAUUAAAUCCUUUAAUACAUUUAAUGCCUACGCGAAGAAGGGGUACCGAAAGUUACCAUCAAGAGACGUGAUAUGCAUUUGUUCUAUAGCUGAAACACAAUUGAGAAUUCAAUCAAGGAUUUUUCAUAAACAAGAACAAAUUUCCACACAAAAUAUUUAUAAUCGAAUAGUUAUCAAUUCUUUAAACGAAUUAAUAGGAAAGACAAUUUUUGAUGGACAUGUUAGAAAUUCAGGUCAUUUUGUAGCUAUGGCCAAAAUAAUUAUUGAAUUUUAUUUGAAAACAAGAAAUUAUUAUAUAACAUCGAGAAGGAAUAAUACAUUUAUUCCUGUUACCAACAAUGUGUCGUUGUAAUUAACCUUUUUAAGUUUGUUUAUUGAAAUAUCUACCAUGUACAUAUAUAUUUUUUCAAAAUUAAAA